UUUCUUACUGACUAAAUGCGGCUGCAUGCUACAAGCAAACACUGCACUUCAACGCAGAUUCUGCUGUGGCGCUGUGUAGAGCUCCGCAUCUCUUGGCUUAGAGAGAUCUCCAGACCACCAGGACGACCCGUUGGUUCUCGGGAAAAGCUGGAGAGCGUUGGGUGAGCUCGGAGAGGGCACAGGUACCAUGGAGGGCCACCGCAUGAGUACCAACGACCUAAUGGCUGUUCUGUCACAAAACAAGAGCGGCAACUACACCGAGGAGCUGCACCGGCAGCUGGAGAGCCGCCUGCUCUCCUUCCUCGACCGCAGGGCCAUCGACAGCGACACGCUAGCCGCUCUGCUGGCCGCGUAUACGCUGCUCAUCCUCACCGGCGCCACGGGCAAUGGGCUGGUCUGCCUGGCAGUGGCGCGGCGCCCAAAGAUGCGCACGGCGCGCAACUUGCUGAUUGUGAACCUGGCGGCCGCCGACCUGCUGCUCUGCCUGUUCACCAUGCCCUUCUCGCUGGUGGAGAUCGCACUCAAGUUCUGGCCCCUGGGCGGCACCACGUGCAAGCUGGUGGCCGGUUUGCAGGCCACCAGCGUCUUCGUUUCGACGCUCAGCAUCACGGCCAUCGCCAUCGACCGCUACCUCGUGAUCGUCUACCCGACCAAGCAGCACUGGUGCUUCUCGGCGCUGGUCGGCAUGCCACUAAUCUGGGUGCUGGCGCUGCUGCUGUCCGUGCCCAUGUUCGUGUACCGUGUGCUCCACCACAUCGAGCUACCGGACCCCGCGCGGGGCACAGUGGUGCACCUCGAGUACUGCGUCGAGCACUGGCCUAUCGAGGAGGGCCGCUUCUACUACUCCAUCUUCUCAAUCGUGUUCCAGUACUUCCUGCCCAUCACCACCGUGACCGUGGCCUACGCGAGUAUCUGCCGCCGCCUCCGGGUGCGGCUCGUUGCCAAGGCGGGCCCGUUGAACCAGAGCGAGCCGCGCCAGCAGCACGACAAGCGGCGCAUGCAGCGCACCAACGUGCUCCUGGUGGCCAUCGCCGCCAUCUUCGCGGCCAGCUGGCUGCCCCUGCACAUCCUCAACCUGGUCGCAGACUCGACGCCCAGCCUCACGGAAGACUCUCGCCUGUACCGUGUCUACUUCGCCUGUUGCCACAUGGCCGGCAUGAGCUCGGCCUGUUCGAACCCGCUGCUCUAUGGAUGGCUCAACGACAACUUCCGACGCGAGUUCCGGCGCAUCCUGUCCACGUGCUGCCCGCGGCUGCGCACCCGACGUGCGUCCACAACUGGGCCGCCGUCCGAGAGCCGACCGCUUACGGGACAGGCGCUCGUGCUGUUUCGCCGCCAACCGCGGCCGCACACCCAGGACACCUGCGUGGAAGCCGCUCCGCCGCGACCGGCCGGAGACCAGUACGAGACGCUCGUCGUCCUGAGCCAGCCGUAAACGCUGGACCUAUUUCGCGCCCGCGGGUGCUGUGGCAAACACGGACCCCGCCGUCGGUCGCUUUCUCGUACAAAAAAUUUACAAAAACCAAGUCUCGAGACCGCCUUGAAGAUUGUGGUAUGGCUAGCUGUAAAGGUUGUGUGCGCUUGGACUUGUCAAAGCACACUCGAUGCUAUCAAGUGAGCUGUGUCGGUGCGUUAUCGUCUCAACUACGCCCCUCAAUUCAGUAGCAACGCCACACUUUAGGCUAUGCCGUCGUGUUUCCGUCGUGUAUCCUGCACGUUCAGCCACCCACUCAAUGGUUAUGGCCGUACUUGCAAAUCGCCGUGGUGAGUGAUUGUACAUGAUGCUGAAUGUGCUACAGCCAGGAAACAUUUCGGAAGCCAAAGGUGCUCUCUCGGGAAAAGUAUACUUUGGGACCGGUCCCGUGGCAGCCAUGACUGCUAAUUAGCAUCUUGUGGGUGCCAGAUGGAAGGUCACACAUAACAGCGACACUUGGUUUUAACGUGGCGCGUUGGAGCAUCGCCUUUCUUUGUUUUUACAAAAUUCCGCCUUUCAGGUAGACAUAAGGUGGAGUUGGUCAUUUUUAAUAAUAUGCUCAGACUGUUUUUUGGUACUUCAUUUUUGGGGAGUAGACAUCAUUGCUCCAGCUCAACGGCGUCGUAAGUGUUAAUGCUCUUUGUAAGUGCCACUUCUUCCCUUCUCUCUCUUUAAGUUAACUGUACGCCGGGUAUGAUAACGCCUCCUGUACCGCUGCAAUUUCAAAGAAAGACAAACUGUUCUCUAACUCCAAAACUAUUUUCCAUCUAUGAGUAAAUAAUUACAAGACAGUAGGAACAGCACAAUAAAAUUGCGUAGCUGGUAUCAAAGUGUCUUGGGAAAUAAAGGGCCUGGGUAUCAUUGUUGUAGAGGCUUGCACCUGGAGUAUGAAGGCAGUUGAUAACAUGGUAACGUCCUGUAAAGUACUUCGAUAUUGUAACGGAGCGACAAAGUUGCGAUGCUAAUAAAGAAAAAAAAUAUAGGAAAUGGUACAUAUCGCAAUACAUUAAUCGUAUUCAUUAGGGCGGAGCGUUAAGCAUUUUUUUCUCUUUUCUUUUUGACAAUAACAGCACAGGGCUUCCAGCGCAUUCGCCUUGGUUACUUUAUGAAGGAAAAUCAACCAGACAGGCGCAUCUUUCCGACAUUCCGACACACAGCCCCAGCUAAUGUGUUCAGUUCGAUUCGUAUCUGUUCUUGGUACUUAAAUGGGUUGACGACGAACCAUUUGUGAGCGCUUUCUUGUUUAAACAAGAACAAAUUAAGUACGCCAUGUGUGAAAUAAAUUCUCUGUUGCACCCUUCCUCAAUUUUUGACUGAAUUUGUGCACCUUUGACGGAAAUUCAGCUUAUUAUUCUGCUAUGCCA